AUGUCAGUGGUGGCUGCCAAAAAGAAGGACGCAGUGUCCGACACUCUGCGCCGGUCGCAGAUAGCGGAUGGCAUCCUCGGUGCACAGGACCAGGGUGCGCGUCAGGAAGAACAGAUCCUGCGUAUAACCGAAGAGAAUGACCAAAUAAAGAAGGAGAUCAGUGCUCUCUCUGGCACGCAUUACGACUACGUCAAGGCAGAUAAACUGGCGUCGUUGCAGAGCGAUGUUGACGGGCUGGAGCGCCGCUACCAAUUUGAGAAGAUGCGCAAGAAUGAUCUGACGAAGCGGUACCAGCUGGCCCGCAUCGAUCUCCUCCACAGCCGAAAGAUGAAUGGCGGCGUCAAUGUAGACAAGGAACAGGCAGCGGCGGUGCAGCGCCAGGUCGACAUUCUGGAGAGCCGGCUGGAUCAAACGUUAGGUCAGUUCAACGAUGCCCUGUCGUAUAACAAAGAGCUGCGCGACCGCAUCGACGUCAUUCGAGAGGAACGUCGCGUGUUCCUGCGGGUCCACAAGCGCAUGGAGGACGAUUUAAAGACGAAGAAACGCCUCAUGGCCGAACACAUUGAGAAGUCCAACAGGGAUAUGGACGAUCGCGACGCGCAGCUGCGCGAGGUGGAGCGGUUGCGCGCCGCGCUGGCCGAGCAGCGCCAGGCCUACACCAAUCAGCUGCGCGACCUGGAUACCGCCAUGAUGGACAUCAAGGCCAUGCGCGAUGAGCAGACGGAGAUGCAGCUCGAGCUGGAGGCGCGCGAGUACGAGUUUGACGAGCGCAUGGGCGACACGAAAUCCGCCCGCACUCAGGAAGAAGCGGACACUUCCCGGCGAGCGAUUGGGGCAUCGGUGUCCGGCAACGGCGAAGAGCCGGCCUCUACGACGGGUGGGGAAGACGACGAGGACGACACACACACAUUGCUGUGUGUGGAGAGAGAGUCUGCCACCAUAACGAGCAUUCUUGCUCAGAUCAAGGACGACCUGCAGACAGACGAUAUCGACGAGUUGCGCGCUAAGUACUUGCACACCGGCGACCUGAACUUCUCCAUGUACAAGUACGUCAACGAGCUGUCUGCCAAGAAGGAGGAGCUGAAGGAUAGCAUCCGAGACCUGCAGCGUCUUCUGAGCGAGGAGGACGACAGCGAGCGUCAGCACCGCGCUCUCAUCAAGGGACUCGAGGAGGAGCUGGCAGGCACCGAGUCCAAGCUAGAUGAGAUGAACUCCGCCACUAUGCAGCUGCGCGACGCUGUGCAGCGUACCGCAGCCACGGCUGAGGAUGUGUAUGCGCAUAUCGGGUGCCCACAAAUGGCUGGUGGCGCUGUGGAAGGUGAGGAGAGGUGCACAGAGGCCAACAUGAAGCAGUUCCUCGGCACUAUUGAGGAGCGGGCCACGCACAUCUUGAUUGCUUUUCAGCGCCACCACCAAUUUUCCACGAACUCGCGCACCUCGGUGACGUCGUCUUUGCGCUUCACCCGAGAUCCUCCGUCUCCGAAGGAGACUGUGCAGAAUUUGGAAGAGGAAGACAACGCAUUGACUGCCAACACGACAGACUCCCCACACGGCGAAACUCUGCAGAUGGUAGAAGACUGGGAGGUGGAGGAGAGCCCCAUAAUGCCGAUUGCCCCUCAGACACCCCAUAGCGCCGUAUCGGCACGGAAUCUUGUGCGCAUGAUGGAGCUGCCCAGCGCCAGUCUGGCUGGCGGGACGACAGAUCGCGACAACAGCCUCUACGCUGAUCAGGAUGACGAUCACAUCGUCUCGCACGAGGAGAUCCGUAAGCAGAUGGAGAUCCGCCUGGCGACGAUGCGUGAGCGUGAAGAGCGCAACCAGCGCAAGAAGAAGGACGCAGGUCAGAAGGCCAAGUAG